AUGGAGGCCACGGAGGGCGCCGCCGCAGUGCGUGGCCACGAGGGGUUCCGGUUCGAGGCGAUCCCGGACGGGCUGGUGGAAGCUGACCGGGACGCCGAGGACUACGACCUCAGGCUGUCUGCCGCCACGAGCCAGCGUUCCACGGAGCCGCUGAAGGAGCUCCUCCUGUGGCUCAACGGCACCCCUGACGUGCCGCCGGUGACGUGCGUGCUGCCGACGUCGCUGAUGAGCUUCGCUCUGGACAUGGCGCGGGAGCUGGGCGUGCCGAGCAUGGUGCUUUGGGCUUGCAGCGCAGCAUCGCUGAUGACUCAAAUGCGGCUCCGGGAGCUAAAUGAAAGAGGCUAUGUGCCACUCAAAGACGAGAGCUGCUUGACGAACGGACACCUGAGUAGAACGGUCAUCGACUGGAUCCCGGGCAUGCCGCCGAUCAGCCUCGGAGACACCUCAAGCUUCGUCCGCACAACCGACCCGGACGACUUCGGCCUCCGUUUCAACAUCGUGGAGGCCAACGGCUGCACCAAGGCCGGCGCGCUCAUCCUCAACACCUUCGACGACCUAGAAGCCGACGUCCUCGCCGCUCUCCGCGCCGAAUACCCGCGCAUCUACACUGUCGGUCCCCUAGGCCCCCUCCUCAACCACCACCUAAGGCCAAGGGACGACGACGCCUCCGGCUCCGCCAGCGGCCUGAGCCUGUGGAAGCAGGACAACGAGUGCCUCGCGUGGUUGGACACGCAACAAUCGGGCUCCAUCGUGUACGCCAACUUUGGCAGCCUUACGGUCCUCUCCACCGACCAGCUCGCCGAGUUCGCGUGGGGCCUCGCCGCCAGCGGCCAACCGUUUCUCUGGUCCAUCAGGGACAACCUCGUCCCCGGCGCCGGCGCCGGCGCUGGCUUGAGCUCACUGCCGGCGGAGUUCGUCGCGGCGACUGCAGGGCGGUGCUUCCUGACCACGUGGUGCCCGCAGGAUCAGGUGCUAGGGCACCCGGCCGUGGGGUGCUUCCUGACGCAUAACGGGUGGAACUCGACCUGCGAGAGCGUGGCCGCCGGAGUGCCGAUGGUGUGCUGGCCGGGGUUCGCCGACCAGUACACCAACUGCAAGUACGCCUGCGAGGUGUGGGCCGUGGGCGUCCGGCUUGACGACGAGGUGAGGAGGGAGCAGGUGGCUAGCCACGUCAGGCAUGCGAUGAAGGCGAAGGACAUGCAGGAGAGCGCGGCUGGGUGGAAGGUCAAGGCGGAGGAGGCCGUGGCGCCCGGCGGGGUGUCUUGGGAGAACCUGCGGAGCAUGGUCAGAGAGCUCGGCUCUGUCAAUGCUGAAGCCUGA